CGCAGCCAGCUGAAGUUCCUCUGGAGAAGCGCAUUGAAGUUGAAACUUGAAAGGGCUACCCUUCGUUCUGAAGGGUUUAGUAGAGCGUAGGGAGAGGUGCUGUUGGCGUGUAUUGCCAGUACUAGUAGCGUUCUUCUUUCUCUUUCUGGUCCCAUUGAGCUGUUGGUUUGCGAGACUUCCGGAGGACUUGCAUGAAUCUUAUUGGAUGUAGCAGACAAACUUCUGUUUGCACCGCUAGGUAAAGCUGACACUUGGUGUGUGAACCGCAAAGAGUGAAGUAGGGGAAUACGAAGCACCACCUUGUGUAAUCCGAAUUUGAAGCAGACUACCGUGCAAGGACAGCCUUAGCAAAAGUGCGGUUUGCUGGUUUAGCAAUUGACAGGGAUAGUAACGUGGAGACACCAGUAGAAGGCUCUAGAGGAGAGCCUGCAUCGAAUCCAGGCAGGGGGGCUAUCCUCCUAGGUGGCCGGCAAUCAUGGCCUGCUGCUACAGGCCUGUUGCUGGUUAGCCUCCUCUAGAGUAAGCCCUGACUCUCCCUGUCAAAAACCUUCGCAGCCAGAGGGCUCGUUUCCAUGUCUGAAACCGCGGUUCCCUCCUUCCGCACCCCGGCGCAAGGGCCCCUCAGCAGUGAAAAACCCCCGCACCUUGUUGGUAAUGAGUCCCCAAGGCUAGGGGCCGCGCACUGCGACGCGGCGGCCCUAGAGAUUCCGCAGUCAGCGGGGGCGCAGCAGUUUGCGGCGCAGGCGCAGGCAGCGACCGAGAAAGCAAAGGCUCCCACACUAGGAAUUGCAACCGUGUGCAAAUCGCUGCUGGCGGGAGGCAUUGCUGGCGGAGUGUCACGGUCUGCGGUAGCCCCGCUCGAGAGACUGAAGAUUUUGCAGCAGGUGCAAGACCCGUUGAAGCCCAAGUACAAUGGCACGCUGAGUGGGCUGCGGACCAUCUUCCAAACGGAGGGCCUGCGGGGGUUCUUCAAGGGCAAUGGCACCAACUGCAUGCGCAUCAUUCCUAACUCGGCGGUCAAGUUCUACGCAUACGAGCAGGCGUCACACGCAUUCCUCUGGGCUCUGCGGAACCACGGGGGACAGCCAGAUGCGGAACUUACGCCCCUGUUGCGGCUAGCCGCGGGGGCGACAGCUGGCAUCAUUGCGAUGUCAGCCACGUAUCCGAUGGACAUGGUCCGGGGGAGACUGACAGUCCAGGUAAACGGCCCGAACCAGCGGUACAAAGGUAUGUUGCACGCGAUGACAACAGUGGCCAAGGAGGAGGGGCCGAGGGCUCUGUACAAAGGGUGGCUGCCCUCGGUCAUUGGAGUGGUGCCCUACGUGGGCCUCAACUUUGCUGUUUACGAGACCCUCAAGGACUGGGUCCAAAAGGCGCGCCCCGACCCGACCGCUGACCUCAGCGUCGUGACGAAGCUCGCGUGUGGGGCGGCGGCCGGGACUGUGGGCCAGACUGUGGCGUACCCCCUCGACGUGGUGCGGCGGAGAAUGCAAAUGAUUGGUUGGCGGGACGCGGACGCGCAGGGGGUGUUCCACGAGGAGGCGGCAGCGCUGAAGAAGCCCGGCAUGGUGGACACGUUCCGGCUGACGGUGAAGCACGAGGGCGUGCGCGCGCUGUACAAGGGCCUCGUGCCCAACUCGCUCAAGGUUGUGCCGUCCAUUGCCAUUGCAUUCGUCACGUACGAAAUGAUGAAGGACCUGAUGGGGGUUGAGGUCCGCAUCUCCGAGUAGGGGCAACUAGACGCGAGAGACACGGAACUGUUACCAGUGACCGCUACCGCUGCUUGUGUCUUGAAAGCUUCUCACUCUGCGCGGCCUUUCCUGACAUCUAGUCACGGUCCGGAAUCGCCUUGCUUGAAAGGAAGCUUACGAAGCUCGUAAGCCGGCAGGGGACGGUCGGCGCAGAAGAGGGAAGCGAUAUGCUGUGCAUAUGUUGUGCUUACUACCGUAGGAAGCGCCUUUUUGGUAAUCAAGAGCAGGUCCGUGGGUGCUUAGUUUGAAUCCAGUUUUGUCUCCAGAGAGUUUGCUGAGCGGCCUCGCGAGAAAGCGUGAAGGCGGUCCAGCACCCUUGUCAGUGUUCAUAGUUGGGUUUUCCACUCUUGCAGCAGAUCAAGCUCAGAUUUUCAGUGCAAUCACCCGUGCAAUCUAAGAUCAAACCCGAUCCCACGAUCAAGGCGUCGUUGAUCCAUCAUCCGGCAUCAAAACCCA